AUGCAUUGUGGCUAUGGUAGUAAUAUUACCAAUACCUCGUAUAUUGUUAGCGACAUACCAUUCCCCGUUUCCAACACUUCCAAUAAGUUAACAGUGCUUGGUUGCAACAUUUACGGUUCUGUGACUGUCUCCUUGCAAGCUGAUCAAGUUGAUCUAUCAGCUGCCGGACUUGGAGACCGUUUUAAGGGGUGUCCAUCCCGUUGUGACAAGCACACAGCUGUUCCUCCAUCUCACUGUUCUGGUUAUGGUUGUUGUAAGACAAGAAUUCCGAACGGACUAACAUCUUACACCGUACAAACUAGUAGUCUCGCGGUUGAUACUCAUGAUUCCACGAGUUAUCCAUGUGUCCGUGCGUUCGUGAUCGACCAUGAGUUUUCUAAGGUUGAGAGGUUACUAUUGUCUAAGAGUGAUUCUUUUAUACCUGUGAUCUUGGAUUGGGCGAUAAACGACGUCAUGACAUGCAAAGAAGCUCAAACAUAUCGUAGCUCGUACGCCUGUAGCAGAAAUUCUUACUGCCUGGAAUCUCAGAGUGGACCUGGCUAUCACUGCAAAUGUUCAAAAGGCUAUGCAGGAAAUCCUUACCUUAUCGAUGGAUGUCAAGAUAUUGACGAAUGUAACGAACCACAGAAGUGCCGAAAAGAUGUUAUUUGCGUCAACACGCCGGGAAGCUAUAGAUGUAGUUGUCCGCCAGAUAUGAAAUUAGAAAUCUUCGAGCUUGGAAAUUAUUGUACACCUGAUGAACAAAGACUGUUAGCUGGUCAGAAAAACAAACGAAGACUUCAUAAUAUCGUUGUCAUUGCAUCAUCAGGUAUUGCAGGAAGCAUAAUCGUAAUACUUAUGCUUGCGGUUGGCUAUUUGUUAUACAGAAGAUUUAAGAGGAGAAAGCAAAUGAAACUGAAGCAGAAGCACUUCGAGAGAAAUGGUGGGUUGUUGUUAAAGCAAAAGAUCACUUCAAAUGAUGGUAGAGUUGAAAAGGCUGCUAAAAUAUUUGUAAUUGAAGAACUGAGGAACAUGACAGAUAACUUCAACCCAAAUAGAAUCAUCGGCUAUGGCGGCCAUGGUACUGUUUAUAAAGGCAUGCUACCGGGUGGUGAAAUAGUUGCCAUAAAGAAAUCUACAAUGGUUGAUGAAACCCAAGUUGAUCAGUUCAUCAACGAAGUCGUUAUUCUUUCGCAAAUUAAUCACAGGAACAUUGUGAAGCUGUUAGGAUGUUGUUUAGAAACUGAGGUUCCUUUGCUGGUUUAUGAGUUUGUCUCUAUCGGAACCCUCUCAUACCAUCUCCAUGUAGCGCAAGAAGAUGGAGAAUCAUUGCUAUCAUGGAAGGUUCGUUUAAGAAUCGCAUCUGAGAUUGCAGGCGCACUUGCGUAUCUACAUUCCGACGCCUACAUGCCAAUCUUUCACAGAGAUAUUAAAUCAACCAACAUUCUUUUGGACGAGAAGUACAGGGCUAAGGUUGCUGACUUUGGACUUUCAAGAUCAAUACCCGUAGAUAAAACACACUUAACCACAAUAGUGCAAGGAACCUUCGGUUACUUAGAUCCGGAGUAUUUUCAGUCAAGCAUUUUUACAGAUAAGAGUGAUGUUUAUAGCUUUGGCAUAGUUCUUGUGGAGCUCUUAACAGGCGAGAAGGCAAUAUCUAUACUCAGACACCAAGAGGAGAAGAGUUUAGCGCUGUAUCUCGUGAAAUCAAUGAAAGGAAAUCGUUUGUUUGAGAUAUUAGAUUCUAGAGUCCUCGACGAAGCUGACGAAGAUGAUGUUUUGGUUGUGGCUGAACUCGCUAAAAGAUGUUUGAAACUGAAUGGAAAGAAAAGGCCAACCAUGAAGGAAGUAUCACAUUGUUUGAGUGGGUUGCAUGAAAAACUUUCCACGGAAUCGUUGCACAGAGUUACCAAUACAAAGGAUAAUCAUGAAUGA